AAAGAUAUUAUGCACCUAAAUGGCUUCCAUCAAAUUAUAUUAUUUUACCUUAACAACAACAAGUAUUACAACAAAAAAAAUUAUUAUUACAACAACAACAACAGCAACAGCAGAAGCAGCUCUAACCAGCUAAACAAUAUUGGUAUCAUUAUUCCUUUGCUGAUGGCAAGAUUAAAGAUAAGACAGUAAGAACAAUGAUAUACAAAGAAAUGCUACAGUAUUUACCUAAAGUCACUCAAGGCAAUUUGCGAAUUCGAACUUAUAGAACUAAAAGAUUUCUUAUGCUAUUUGGAGAAAAGGGUUGGCAGAAACGAUCACAUCUCAAACAAGUAGGACUAAUCCAACCUAUAUUUUUGCAACAAGAUAUUGGUUUAGUAGUUAUUAUGGCAUUACUGAUGACAUCAUGCCCAUUAUGCAAAUUAGGUCAUGAUGAUGAAGAAAGUAUAGAAAGUAGGGCUAAUUUAUAUCAACUAUUACCUAAUUUAGAUUGUUUGCAGUCAUAUAAGAUUCGGUCCAACUUAUAUAAAAAAUAUAAAAAAGAAACUGGACAUGAGCCAUGGCAAUUGUCAGAUGUGAUAAUUUUAGGUGGAAUUAAUAAUUAUAAUUUUGCAUUUGCUCAACCAUGGAACUUGCCAUACCCUAUUUGUGAUGGAAAACAUGGGAAUUAUGGAUUACAUGGUGAAUGGUAUAGAGAAUAUUGUCUUACCUGCGAUCGUAGCAUAGACGAUCAUACACAUAAUAGAAUGGAUUGUGAGAUAAAAGAGUAUGAGCCUAAUCUUAUAGUUAGCAAUAUUAGCGAUGGAAACAAAUUAGUUGUAGAUAUUUUUUGAAAUGUGAGGGAGUAAAGGAAUAAUAUGAUGCUAGAACUCACAUUAAAAAUGGCCUAGAAUCCGCGUACACCCUGCCUCUUUGAUAGCAUAAUACAGUACAUCUCAUUUGCUUCUUUAUCAUUUUUCACUUCCCUAAUAAGAAUUCACUCAUGUCAGGUUUUAUUUUUUUAACACAUGCAUAUGGCAAAUAAAAAAAUUUUACGUAUAAAUAAUGAU